UCUAGCUGCAGCGUUCGCGGUUCCCGACUGAGGACUGCACUUCCCGGCGGUUCCCGGACCUGGAAACGAAUUCUCAGCCGAAACUUGAGCACCCCCUUUCCCACCCUGGGGGCUACAUUUCCCAGAAGCCUCCACGGGCCACAACUCUUUACCUCUCCGCGGCCACCUAUUGCUACCUCGACCUGUGGGUUCGCCCAGGUCCUCUGAGGAUGCCCAGACGCGGCUGGGCGGUCGGGACUGGGCUUCCUUGAAGCUUGGAACACAACGCGACUCGAGACAGAGAAGACUAUUGUGUUGGUUCAGACUCUAGUUGGAUUUUUUCCUCCUCCGGACUACAUUUUCCCGAGGGCUCGGUGGUAUUAUACGACUUCCGGCCUAAGUUGGCUGGCUGUAGUGAGUUGGCGGGAGUUCGGACGCAGAGGAUAGGGGCAUUCCAGGUUGCCUCGCUUACUGGUUUGGGGCGUUUUCAAUCAGACUGGAGUGAGAGGACCCCGGAGAAGUGGACGAAUCCGGAAGAGGAGGAGAAAAGAGCUGCUGUGCAUCAAAAGUCAUGGCGGAGAAUGGGAUCAUAUUUCUAAUAGAGCACCUGACUUACCGGGUGUUUACUUUGAGCCAUUUGUAGUUUGAAGUUCUUGAUAUGUUAUCUUGUUGAAUCACAUAACAACCCUAUGAAUCAGGACUUUAAGUUCAAAGAUCUGGCCAUUUACUUCUCUCAAAAGGAGUGGGAGUGCUUGCACUCUGCUCAGAAGGAUCUGUACCGAGAUGUAAUGUUGGAGAAUUAUAACAACCUGAUCUCACUGGGAUUUUCCAGUUUUAAGCCAGACGUGAUCUCCUUAUUGGAGCAGGGGAAGGAACCUUGGAUAGUUAACAGCAAGGAGACAAAAGAAUGGUGCCCAGACUGGGAGUCUAGAAGAGAUACCAAGACUGUAACUCUAAAGGAGGACAGCUGUGAAAUUCAGUCAUUGCAAAGGGAGAUAACAAAAAGACAUACAGGCUCUAACCUUGAGUGCACUAGAGUCAGAAACAGAGAACUCAGAUGCCACUUGGAGAGGCUACAGGAAGAACGUUUCAAACAAGCCAUAAUAACCUCCAAAGAAAGAUUCACUUCCAUUCAGCGCACAGAUAAUAGAGCACCUCAGACAACUCACACUGGAGCAAAAUCCUGUGACUCCAAGGAACGUAAGACUUUCAGGAACCAAUCACACUCUGGUCAACAUGAAAGAAGUCAUAAUAAGGAAAAAGACUCUAAAUGUGGAGAGUGUGGGAAAGCCUUUAAUAGUAGGUCAGACUUGAUUAAGCAUCAGAGAAUUCAUGAAAGCAAAAAAAGUGAUGAAAAUAAGAAAUGUGCCUUUAUUCGUGACUCUCAAAUUACUAAAUCUAAGAGCACUAAUGCUGCUGAGAAACCUCAUAAAUGUAAGGAAUGUGGGAAAGCCUUUCAUUCUAACUCACAACUUAGUAAACAUCAAAGGAUUCAUAUAGGUGAGAAACCCUUUAAGUGUACAGAGUGUGGAAAGGCAUUUCCAUCUACCUCACAACUUAAUUUACAUCAGAGAAUUCAUACUGAUGAGAAAUACUAUGAAUGUAAGGAGUGUGGGAAAGCCUUUACCCGUCCCUCACACCUUCUUCGACAUCAGAGAAUCCAUACUGGUGAGAAACCCCAUAAGUGUAAGGAAUGUGGGAAAGCUUUUCGUUAUGACACACAACUUAGUCUUCAUCAGAUCAUUCAUACUGGUGAGAGACGCUAUGAAUGUAAGGAAUGUGGGAAGGUAUAUAGUUGUGCCUCACAACUGAACCUACAUCAAAGAAUUCAUACUGGUGAGAAACCUCAUAAAUGUAAGGAAUGUGGGAAAGCUUUUAUCUCUGAUUCACAUCUUGUCCGACAUCAGAGUGUUCAUACUGGUGAGAAGCCAUAUAAAUGUAAGCAAUGUGGGAAGUCCUUUCGCCGUGGCUCAGAACUUACCAGACAUCAGAGAGCUCACACGGGUGAGAAACCUUAUAAAUGUAGGGAAUGUGAAAUGGCCUUUACUUGUAGCACAGAACUUAUCCGACAUCAAAAAGUGCACACUGGUGAGAGACCCCAUAAAUGUAAGGAAUGUGGGAAGGCUUUUAUUCGAAGGUCAGAACUUACUCAUCACGAGAGAAGUCAUAGUGGUGAAAAGCCCUAUGAGUGUAAGGAAUGUGGGAAGGCCUUUGGUCGUGGCUCAGAACUUAGUCGACACCAGAAAAUUCAUACUGGUGAGAAACCCUAUGAAUGUAAGGAAUGUGGGAAAGCUUUUAUUCGUGGCUCACACCUUAGUCAACAUCAGAGAACUCAUACAGGACAGAGGAGUGAAUGAAGGCAUAUGGGAAGCCUCGAAGUUUGACUGACACCUGGAAAUUCAUAGUAGUAAAACACAAACAAAAACCCCUGUAAUUGUAAGGAAUGUGGGAAAGUGUUAAGGACAGCAACUUAAUAUCAGAGUUUAUACUAUGGAUGUGACGCCUUUAAGGGCCAGAACUUAACAUUUGUUACUAAUGAGAAAUCUUAUAAAUGCUAGGAAUUGGGAAAGGUGUAUUUGUGUUUCAGAAUUUAUUAGACAUCAGAGUUCAAUUGGUGAAAAAGUAAAAAACUCCAUGAAUAUAAGGAAAGUGGGAAGGCUUAGAAAGGCAUUGAAUUUGUUAAAGACAUUAAUCAUUCUAUCUUUUCGCAACAUCAAGGGUCUUUAGGCCUUAUGGGAAAUCAGGAGUCAUAAAUAUACAUAUAUGAAACACCAGUUUGCUUUAGCUAACUAGUUAUUCAUCUGAUAAUUUGUAUUAAAGGCUACAUUGUUAAAAAUGGAGAUCCUUCCAUUCCAUUCAGCUCUUGUUAAAUAUUUGUAAGCUCAUUCUCUGAAAUUAACCUGAACUGCAUCAGAGCGGGAAAGGAUGUAACCAAUAUUUAGUGUUUACUUGACUGCCCCAUUAUUACUCAUUUCUUAUAGGGCUAAUUACUUAACCAAAUUCUCUCAUUUAUCAAUUAGUAAUAUUAGCACCAUAUUUCUUAGUAGCAUUGUGUACAUUGUAUCUUUUAGAAUAGUGUUUGCCUCGUAUUGAAAGUGUGUUAAAUAAGAGCUGCUUUAGUCUUACUUUUGUUUUCCUAAUUGUGAAUUAGAGAUAUGAGGGGAAGGCCUUAUGUGUGCAGUGACUAUAUGAACAUCUUACAUGAUCUUUCUUUAUGGGAUGUUAGCUAAUUCCUUCUGGAGAAAAAUUUUAAAACUGAAGCUUUUCAUAGGUUGCUCUUUUCCCCAUUAGGGGAUUCAUGAUGUAAAGAACCCCAGUAGAGUAAAUGUGGGUUGCUGUGAUGUCAGAGGGAAGAUUGACAUGAUUUUUUUUUUUAAGACCUUCCGAAAAACAAGAUAUAUAUGCCACGAUCUUUGGCCUGUCUUCUAGUGAAUUAGGAAAUAAAGCCUCAGUCGAAAUCCAUUUCUCUACAAGGAAAUUUAAGAUACCUGUAUAAAUAGUUUUUACAUUAAAAAGGAAAUCAAGGGCCUUCCCUGGAAGUGGCACAGUGAUUAAGAAUCCACCUGCCAGUGCAGGGAACAUGGAUUCAAUCCUUGGUCCGGGAAGAUCCCACAUGCCACAGAGCAAUUAAGUCCAUUCACCACAACUGCUGAGCCUGUGUGCUGCAACUAUUGAAGCCCAAGCAUCUAGAGCUCGUGUUCCGCGACAAGAAAAGCCACCACAAUGAGAAGCCCGCACAUCGCAACGAAGAGUAGCCCCUGCUCACCGCAACUAGAGAAAAGUCUGUGUGCAGCAAGAAGACCCAACACAGCCAUAAAUAAAUAAAUAAGUAAAUAUUUUUAAAAAAGGAAAUCAAGGCAACUUCCUGUUAAAAUUUGUAGGAUGCAACAAAAGCUUUACUCUGAGGGAAUUCAACUUGUUUCAAUAUGUGUAGAAAACAGGGACAAUUAAAAGCGAGGAUUCAUUCUCAUGUCAUUAUACUUAGUGCACUGCCUAUUCCUAGUAGGUUCCCAGUAAGCAUUUGUUGAUCAGAGGAAUGAGAGAGUGAAUGAAUAAGCAUCCAGUGCUGGUAUGUUGAAGCUCUAACAAAAUAAGUGCAAAGCCCAGAAAACAAAAAACACCUUGAAAACUUUUUGAAGUGAAAAAGAUUGCACCCUAGAAAGAAGAAACUCGAGCAUCAUAAGUGAUAAAGGGUAUGUAACGACAGAAAUGAAGGAGAUGAAGAAAUAAGGCAAUACUGUUGUGGCAGACACUGUUGGUUGCCUGUCCACUGGUAUUAACCAUUCCCCCUUCGCCAGGAUUGCCUGCUGUCCACCUAAGUCUAAAUGCCAGAUAUUUGCCCUCCUAAUUGCUUUGCAUCUGGCCAUGUGUGUAAUAGUCCUGGCCACAGCAGAUCUAAGCAAAAGUCUGUAGGUGAGCUUCAGUUAAAUCAUUUUUACUAACAAAAUAGGAGGAAGUGAUCUUCCUAUAUACAGGAUGCGUGUCUCUAUGUCUGUGAGAUACCUGGAAUUAUGGCCAUUUUGCAACCAGGGGAGGCAAGAAACUGAGAUUGGCACAAGUGAUAGAUUGACAUUGUUGAGCUGAUGAAAAAUUCCAAAGACACAAUUCAGAACUGCUGUGGGCAUGGAUGGGUGUGAAAUAAAUUCCAUGCCUAAGUUUAUAUUCAACUUUAUAUAUCCAAGUCCUGGAAAAAAAUAUUUUCAUAUACAUAUACACGUUUAUUCACUUUUAGUAAGAUGAGGAAAUGUUUAUAUUCAUCUUUUUAUAGUAUAGAUGAAAUUAUGGAAGAAGCAUUAUUUUCUUAAGUAUUUUCUUAAACAUAUGACUGAUUUGUUAAGAUAUAGGAAAUGUCUGUUUACAUUUACUAUCUUACAGUAUAUGUUUAUAUUCAAUUUUUUUUAGUAUGUCUGAAAUCCAGGAAAAGUAUUUUCCUGAAUAUAGUAAGAACCAAGAAAAAAACUAAAGAGCUACACCAUAUAAUUCCGCUACUACUAGAGUAACUUACAGAAAAAAUCUAACUCUUUAAGCUAUAAAGAGUAUAUCAGCUAUGAGGCUAGCAUAACCCCUAUACCAAAUUUGGAAAAGGACAGCAUCCAGAUCAAAUCAGGUAUAAAAAUAAUCCAUUGUACUCAUGGUAUAUGACUGUUCCAAUUGAAAAGCAAGUCAAAUCUAGCAGCCUAUUAAAAGAAAAUGGUGUGUGUGUGUUGGGGUGGGGGUGUCUAGAAUAAAAUGGUUCAUGACUUGACCUGUCAGAUUGUAAAAAAUGUGAUGUAUAAAUGUAGUGUUUGCACAUUGAAAACCAGGCACUAAAACAAUUUAUCCACUGAAAGUAGUAAACUGUUAGCAUAUGCAUACGCAGCUGCUGUGAGGUCAGUGCAUUGUCCACUUAAUCACACCUCAUGGCCUGUAGAUAGUCACAGCAUUAGGAAUAAUCACCAUCCGGUAUAUUCCACCUUUGCCCCACACUUUAGAAAAAUAUUACAUAUUUUAAGUUUAAUAUAAAUAUGUAUUAUGUGACAUUAAAUCAGUCAUAGCUAAGUACCAGUCAACCCAUUGGAGCCAAUUUAUAACAAAAACUUGAGCAUUUUUUAAAAGAGGGAAAUGAUUACUAAAUUUUAUACUUUCUCUACAAUUUCUAACAUUUUUUGAGUUAUAAUAAAUAUUAUAGUUAUAAUGAAUGUUAAGAAAUGAUUCUUUAUAGACUGGUGGUUGCCAAGGGGGAGGGGGAUGGAAGAGGGUUGGUUGGGAGUUGGGAUUAGCAGAUGCAAACCGGUUUAUAGAAUGGAUAACAAGAUCCAACUGUAUAGCACAGGGAAAUAUAUUCAAUAUCCUGUGAUAAAUCAUAAUGGAAAAGAAUAUGAAAAAUAUAUAUGUACAGCUGAGUCACUUUCCUGUACAGCAGCAAUUAACACAACAUUGUAAUUCAAUUAUAUUUCAAUAAAAAAUAAAUUUUUAAAAAUGAUUUUUUUGCCUAUGUAUACGUAUGUCUAUUUUCAAGACUUGAGAGUUCUAUACCAAAUUUAUGUAACAUGUUUUUACCAAAAAUGGGAGAUACACUGCAAAGAUUUAAACAAAACAAAAAAAGAGCUCUCUCUAUACCUAUUUUCUGAAGUGCCAACAUCAAAAGCCUUUUAUCUUUUUCUCCAUACUCUCUCAU